AUGAGGAAUGCUCGUCUGUGCAGUGCACACUUUAUAUCUGGAAAAGCGUCAAUGGACCAUGGUAGUCCAGACUUUGUUCCUUCUGUAUUUUCAUAUACAUUAGCUGUUACAGCAAGUGGACACUCAAAGCUUGAAAGGCGACAGGAGACACAGGUCACAAGGAACCCUGAUGAUGAAGAAUAUGAUGCCAUAACAGCUGCAGAGAGUUUAGUGAGCCUUCAUUCGCAAGUGACUGAUGUCCUUCAGCUCUCAGUGGUUAAAGAGGAGGUUCAACCUGAGCAGCAGGAGUGGAGCUCCAGUCCGGACCAGGAGGAUCCAGAACUACCCCUCAUUAAAGAGGAGCAGGAAGAACUUUGGACCAAUAAGGAGACUGAUAUAAUCAAGUUCAGAUUUUCACCUGUGCAUGUGAAGAGUGAGGAUGACAAAGGUUCAGACGUCCAUCAGCUGUUGUUGGUUAAAGAAGAGGUUCCCUCCCAGCAGCAGGAGCAGAACCCCAGUCUGGAAGAGGACCAGGAGAACCCAGAAGACCCAGAACUCCCCGACAUUAAAGAGGAACAGGAGGAACUGUGGAGCAAUCAGGAGGCUGAUAUAACUAAGUUCCCAUCAACUCCUGUUGCUGUAAAGAGUGAAGAUGAUGAGGAAGCUCAGUCUUCACAGGAGGAAGAGAAGCUUCGAGUUCAGAGGCUGAAAGUGUUGAUACAACAACGACUAAACCUGGAUUCUGAAAUGAUACUGGGGCUGUUCGAGAGAGCGCUAGCUGAGUACAAGGAGGAACUAUUUCGGUCAAAAGAGGAAAACAAGCAACAGCGAAAACUCCUGGAUACCGUUCUGAAUCCACAGGUCCUGUUAAACAGAACAGGUUGUCCUCCAGACGUCCAUCACCUGUCAGUGGUUAAAGUAGAAAUUCCCCUUGAGCAACAGGAGUGGAGCUCCAAUGUGGAUCAGGACCAGGAGGAUCUAGAACCACCCCACAUUAAAGAGGAACAAGAGGAAGUGUGGACCAAUCAGGAGGCUGAUGUCACCAAGUUCACAUCCACUCCUGUCCUUGUGAAGAGUGAAGAUGAUGAUGAUGAUGAUGAGGAAGAUCUGUCCUCACAGCUUCAUCAAAGACAAACUGAGGAGAAAAGAGAGGAAGCAGAUGAAGUGGACUGUGAAGGAUCAGAACCAGCAAGAAGCUUUCAUCCAAUUAGAUAUUUACAAAGUUCUACUGAUGAGCAGAUUGAAGACUUUGAGGAAACUGAGGACAGUGAUGAAGAAUGGACACCGAACACGGAACCUCAGAUGCAAUUUAACAAAAAACCAAAGCUUAUAGCCAACAGGUCAACUGAACAGAUGGAAACAGAAUUUGAGGAAGAGGACUGUGGAGGAUCAGAACCAGACAUUAACCUCAUUCACAUGAUAGACUUAAAAUAUAGAAACGUCCAAAGCAGUAAGUCCAAGUCCAACUGUAAACGAACUUUCAACAACAAGAGUUAUCUGGAGAGACAUAUAGACACGGACAAUGGAGAGAGACUGGUUGGUUCUUUCUGAACAUGGAACAACAUUUUCUAAGAAGACAAACAUGACACAAGAUGUCAAAACAACCGCAGAGUUGACAAUGAAUAAUGACUUUACUGAAAGUGACAUGGGGAGUAAAGCGAAACAAUACAGCUGUUCUGAAUGUGGUAAAACAUUUGGAUGGAGGUGUCAUUUUGUGCAACAUAUGAGAGUCCACACAGGAGAGAAACCAUUUGAUUGUCCAGAAUGUGAUAAGA